AUGCCGCGGUUUAAUCGCCGUGAGCAGCUUCCGCUGCACAUCAAGCGCGCAUUAUGCGCGCAUCACGUCGAGCACCCCCUCCUGCGUCACGUAGAUCUCGCCCGCUGGGUUUACGCCCAGUAUGGCCUGCGACCUGACCGCUCGACGGUCGGCCGCAUCUUGAAGAAUGCCGAACGUUGGGCGCUCACCGAAUCCACUGCCGCUAAUCAAGUGCGCCGUCGAGGUGGCGCAUGGCCUGAGCUUGAGCAGGCCAUGGCGCGCUGGAUCGCCAACGCUGGCCCCGCGGGCGUACCACUCACUCUGCAGACGAUCCGCGACCACGUGGCGACCAUGGCGCGCAACAUGGGCAUUCCGCCCGUGUUCCGUUGCUCCAUUGGCUGGGUGCGCCGUGCGUUGCGGCGCCAGGGAGUGCGCUGCCGUGCUGCCACUGGCGAGGCGGCGAGCGCCGACAUGGCUGCUGUGCGUGAAGCGCGUGAGAAGGUGCCGCAGCUUCUUACUCACCUCGGCUACAAGCCGCGCGACACCUUCAAUCUUGACGAGACCGCGCUGUGGCUCUCUGUGCUGCCUCGGAAAACAUACAGCAACGCCCGCAUUCCCGGUCGCAAGGUCUCCAAGGACCGGCUGACCGUGGCGUUUCUCGUGAACGCCGACGAGAGCCAUGCGUUCCGGCCGCUCGUCAUCAGCAAGGCGCGCCGUCCUCACGAUUUCCGGCCGGACUACGACCCCGAAGCCGUCUGCUACUGGCGGCACAACGCCAAGGGUUGGAUGACGAGCGCGGUAAGUGUUUUCCGUCACCGUGAUUUUUAUUGUGCAUGUGUUCUUAUGACAUUGUGUUAUCGUGAGCUCAAUGCCGCGAUGUAUGCCGAAGGGCGGCACAUCGCGGUGCUGCUCGACAAUGCGAGCUCCCAUAUGCUGCGGGACGAGUGCGUGUGGAGCGAAAUCGUCUGCGGCAUGAGGACCACCUGCCUCAGCAAUGUGCGCCUCAUCUUCCUGCCGCCGAACACUACCUCCUUCACACAGCCCCUCGACCAGGGGAUAAUAGCUACCGCGAAGGCCCGCUACCGCCAGCACUGGCUGCGGGCCUUCACGGCACUGUGGAACGACGACGGCGCCACAAGCGCAAGGUGCUUCUGGUGCACGGGCUGCCUGCCUCUGUCGUGGUCCCUGGAGCUCACUCAUGUGCAUGACGAUGAGCCGACCCCCCAUGCUUACCCCGACAUUGAGCUCGACGACGACAUCGACGACGUCGGCGAGCUCAUAAGCGGACUCGGCCUCGGCACCGGCACGAUGACCGCCGCCGAGUACGUCGCGAUCGACGAGGGAGAGCCGACGUGCGCGGAUCCGGCCACGGAGCCGACACCUGAUGAUGCAAACGUGGGCCUGGUGGCGGAGCUUUGGAGGGCGCCGACCACGAUGCAGGCGGUCUAUGACGACUCAGACCCCGUGGGCCGUGAGGCGCGACGCACUGCACGGGCGGCCUGCGAGAUGCUCAGCGGCUACGCUCGCGCCGUGAGCGUGACCCCGCGCGACCUUUGCCACCUCUUCGACAUCCGGAAUCCGAUCAUCAUUGAGCUCAUGGAGCGGGCAAGCCCAGCGCUCAAUCUCAACACGGCCCCGCCGCCAAGGCUUUCGCCGAGCGCAACUCCGCCGCCACACACCCCGCGUCCGCGGGGCCGAGUGCUGCCUGGCUGGAUGACCCAGCCGUCCCGCCGUCAGCAGCUUCUGGACGGCGGGGUUGGCGCCGCGAUGGGCGGGUACGUGGAGGCGGCAGAGUGGAUGCAGGUGUGA